AAUGAAGUUGGUGAUAGCGUUGGGAGUAUUGUGCUGCCUGGCGGCAAUCGGAACNGCAUCGCCGCUGCCAAAAAUCUCAGCGGCGACUUCUACGUCGAAUCAGGUCGCAACCGGAAGACAGGCGACGCAGCAGCCAGCAGCAGUCAGCGAAGACGAUGACGAUGACGACGAUGACGACGACGACGUCGACUUCGAUAUCACGGGUGACGACGACGAUGACGACGAUGACGACGACGAUGACGACGACGACGAUGAUGCUUCCGAUUAUUUCGAACGUUUCAUCGAGGAUAUAUUAGGUGAAGAGGACGACGAUGACGACGAUGAUGAAGCCACCCCUGUAGAACCAGUGGCGCCAGCAGUGGCGGCGCCAGUAGCGUCUGCACUUCCGGCGGCUGUUGAAGCCGAUUUGAACGCCGCCGCCGCGGAAGCGGAGCAUGCAGCAGAAACCGCUGCGGAGAGCACAGCCGUGGAUAGCGAGCCGACAGCCGUCGAGGAAGACGAAGGAAACGCAGUGGGAGAAGGGCAAGCCGUAUCCGGUAUCCACGAAACCGGGCUCGAAGGUGCGGAAUCCGUGUCAAAUCCUGUCCACGUCCCAGCCGUAUCAACGAACGAGGCAGAUACCGAGGACGAUGAUGACGAUGAAGACGAGGACGACGAGGACGACGUCGAUCUGGUAUACACCGAGGUCGACGAUGACGAGGACGAGGACGACGAGGACGAUGAGGAUGACGAGGACAGCAUCGCCGACAUCGCUGGCGCCAGGCAAGCACGAAUGAUGCAGUCGGAACCAAGCAACGACGUAUCGGCGAUUUACGUGGCGAAAUACAAUCGUUUCGUGGACAACAUCUUAGGAAGAAUUAAUAAAAUCUUACGUAGCAAUUAUGACCCAGUGACGGUGAAAUUGUCCAAUGCGAAUGCCAAAUCGAAGUCUGGUAAACAGAAGAGCAAAAGCAAGACGAAGAAGAACAAUAGCAAGACUGGAAUAAAGAAGAGCAAUAUGGGAAUAGUUUCGGUGACCACAGAGAAAAUUAUCGAAGAAGUUCCUGAAAACACACAGAAAACUCUGGAGGCCGUUGAAAAUACGACUAUGUCAGCUGCUACCGUUGAAAAGGAAGCAACUACUAUCGUAUCUGAACUUCAAGUGUCAAGUAGAUCAAACGUGGAGACAACCACAAAAUCUGCAAACAAACGAGUAUCUAAUUCGAAUAGCAAGAAAUCAAAUAAAACUCGUGCUGGAACGAAGAACAAAACGAAACAGACUAGCAGUAAUAAAAAUAAGACAAAGAAAAAUAAACCAAAGGCGAGAGCCACACUUUACGGACUCGCGAGCCUACAAAGAUCCGGAGACGUGUCUGUGAACAUGAUGAGCGAUCACACCAUGAUCAAAACGAGAUUUACUCUCGGUCCUUUGAUACUAAAGGUUGAAAAGGAAUUUGGUAGGGCUGCAAAGAAGGAAUUGAGAAGCGCGACUGCUACCACUGCCGAAAUGUCGGGUAAACUGAGUCUUCGAGUUCUUCAUGGUGGUGCAGCUACCCUCAAUUCCAUCCGCGUUCUGCAACCUAAACAGGUGCGAGUGGAGAGCGCGGACGAUCACGACAGAACGCGCGAAUUCGUCUGGAAAAGAUCAUCGCACAUCGCUCAUUUAGUCUCGGAGAAAUUAUCAUCGGCCACGAGGUCGAUGCUUCGACCUCCACCUGUUGCAGUCGCCGCCGCUUAAAUCUUCCUUCGCAUCAUCGUUGGUCUUAAUGAAAACCUUCAUCCACCAUGAAAGCGGACUUCUCUCUUUGUCUUUAUUUCUUAAAUUAUUAGACCGCGAAUUUUUAUGCAAUUUCAUAUUUUUGCCAAGAGAGAUCUAAAGAAACGAUAUCUAGUAAUAGUAGUAAUAGUAAUACGUUUCGCCUAUUAAAAACUAUGAUCAUUCGUACUUAGUAUAUUUUAUAUAUUUUUGCAUAUUGUACGCAUUCUGUGGAUUUUUGUAUUUUUAAAUGUUUAUCAGAAACGCACAAAAAUCCAGAGUCUGUGAAUCAUUAUUCGUGAGAGCAGUCUUCUCUUUAUGGUAUUUGCGUUUGGUUUUAUGGCUGUUUGUUUCUCGAAUCUAAAGAGAAUCUUCUGUAAUUUCGUUAGCUUCGAAUUGCGAGAAUUGGAUGCUUUCGUUGGAUAAGAAUUUAAGCAAUUGAUUCUGAAUCGUUUUGAAUAGAUUAGUUAACGGAGUAUGUUACAUAGUAAGUAGAAGAGUAACCAAAUUUAUUGGUUGAAAUGUUAUGAAAAAAAUUAGAGUGUCGAUGAAUGCAUUUCAAUUCUCGAUUGGCUCUCUAAAUAUCUCGGUAUACGUAUCUGUUAUGCUUCGUGCGUCAUUGAUAGAAUUCACGAUGUUCGUUAUAGAUAAUAGUUUGAUUAAUUGGACGAUGAUAGAUAUUGAUAAACUGUAUGUAGAAGAGCGUGGAGUUGUGGCAAAAUUAACGUACUUUCGUACCUUUUCGCUUUCCAUUAUUAUUAUCUAAAAACUGACAAAUUUCUAUUACUCAGAUCUUGUGUUUUGGCUUAGAUAUGGUUUGAGGAUUCAAUGUUACAGUUUUAUAUCACUGGUUUAUAUUUUUAAAGGUACAAUUUAUUCAUUUCUCUCUUUUUUGUUUUAAACACUGGGAAUUUUAAGAGUCAACAAAUAGCAAACUGUUUAUCCUUCCUUCGCUUCAUUUUAAUAACAAUUUUUGUAAGAAAGAACGAAGGAUAAACUGGUUUUGAAAGAGUUAUGCAUUUUCAUUCUAGACCAAUAUUCGCUAUUAAUUUAUUUAUUUAUUUCUAGUAGUUUCUAUGAAUUAUUUGCAAAGUCUGAAACAUUUUCAUGCUGCGAUAUCGAUAUAAUCUGCAUUUAUACCUAUUGUUUUAUGUUACCCGAUACUUAAGACAAUUGAGCUUACAUUUAUAAAAAGAUUCGUUGUAAAAUGAAUAAGUCAACUUUUUAUACUGUUUUAAUGAAUAUUCUAUCAAUAUUUAUAUAUCAAUAAAGUACUUUAAGUAGAUUUA